AUGGCGCAGACAGAAGGGGUACUCGCGUGGAAUCCAGCGUUUCGACCUGAGGAUAACGAUUCCGUUGCGACCAAUCUGGCCAGGUUGGCGCUGGAUUCCGAAAAAGAUGUGCCAGAAAGCACAGACAUUGACAGCCAUGUGUCUCCCUCUGCCGAAGAAAUUACCGAAGAGAACGAUCCUGUUGAGUCCAAAACCGUUAUCUCUGCUGAUACCCGUGACCAAGGCGCGCCCGAUGUGGUCGACUCGAAAACGCCGGCUGCCGAUGACAGCUCGAAACCGGACAUUGAGGAGCCCGAAGAACCCAGCCGUGACGAGUCGAUUUUUAUGCAAACUGAUGAGCCCCGGGCAGUCGAAGAUUUCACAGAGAACGUGCCUACGGAGAACGGCAAUGUUGACAUGACAGGUGGACUUCGACUGGAACAGCAUGUUGCAGAAGAACCACACUAUGAGGUGCCAGAAAAAUCUUCUGGCUUGGCAAGUCAGAAUGAUGCCCAGGUUUUGUCUGAGGGCCGUGACACUGCCUGGAUGGAUGAAGCUGAGGGCGAGGAAAAUGGCGCAACAGUCAACGGAGAGGCUAGUGAUACACGUUCGGGCUUCUGGGAUGAUCUCGGCGAUAAUGAACGUGACAAUGAGGAUGACUUCUUUGCCCAGCUCAAAACGCAAACAAAGCCGAUAUAUAGUCCGCCAGAAACGGAGUCUCGGUUCGAAGAGGGAAUUCCGCUACUAGAUCAGGGUGCGGAAACACAAAAUGAUCAUGCUCAAAAGGGGGAGGGCCAACUCGACGAUGUUUUCAAAGGCGAUGAAGAUGACGAGAGCGGAUUUUUUAGUGAGAUUCAGAAGUCAGCUCCAGCCCAGGGACCUUCCCACCUCACGCGCAAGAGCACCAGUCAAGUCCUGAAUUCUCUUAAUGCCGGUCCGGACUCUCCGUUCAGUGAACCAUCGCCAACAGCCGUAGAGUUCAACAAUAGUUUGGCAGUGCCCUCAGCAGAAAGUGAAAUCAAAAAGGCUCCCUCAGAAGAAGAUCUUGCCGCACGAUGGCAGGCGGAACUUUCAGAUGAUGCUGACGAAACUGUGCCUACCGAAGAUGAUCUGGCUGCGCGGUGGCAGGCGGAACUCGACGAUGAUGAUGACUUGCUCUUCGACGAUGAUACGACGAAUGCGGAGGGACCACCAGAUGCUGCUAAUAUGGAUCAUAUAAACGACACUGGGUCUACGGCAAUCCUUCAGAGCCCAUUCGGUACCCCUGAGAACCCUGCUCGGCCCAAAGGGCAACCGGUCUCCUACACCCCGCACCAGCCCUCUACAUCAGAUCUGCUCUCAGGUAUUCCUGCGCAAAAUACUGCGCCUCAGCCCACUAAUGCUUCCAUGUCAAAUUACUUCUCAGCACAGGCUCCGCCGAACCCUGUUACGACUAGAGCAGAGAGUUUCGCAGAACGUUCGAAGGAAGGCUACAAGUCACCUUAUGACCUUCCAGAGGAUGUUGCGCGGCCUCGCCGGGCCGUUGCCAGCAACAGAGCAGUUGUUGCACAGCCCGGCACCGUACCGCAGCCGCCUCCGCGGAGCAGUAGCAUACCUACACCUCCUUUGAAGGCGUCAAAAGUCCCUCCUGCACCGCUUGGAACCUCAUCGGCAGCCCCCACAGCACCUCAGAAGAACUUCUUCGAAGAACUUCCACUGCCGCCUCCUAGGCCCAAGUCGAGGCCUGCGAGCUCUGGAAAAUAUACACCUAAUGCCCCUGUAUCUGCGCCGUCAGUACCGCAGUCGGCUCCCCGUCCAGCGAAUCCGUCUUCGAAUGUUCCAGCAGCUCCCCAGUCCAAUAUCGGACCCCCAAAUCCACCCCAAUUGCAGCAGCCGGAAAGGUUGGACCCAUACUCGAAUCUAUUAGCGCCCAAUGUACCAAGUGCGCCGGCCGUUCCAAACACUGCGUCGAGAUACUCGCCAAGGUCUCCCGGUCUGCAGGCUGGUGUUAAGCCCCCUCCUUCGCCCAGGUACUCUCCAGCCCCGCCUCAAUCUACGAAUGCAGCAGCAGCGGCUCCUCCUCGCAAUCGCUACGCCUCACAACCGACGAGUGUCUCAGGGCAGGGAGCUGCUUUACAAUUCCAGCCACGCACAUCGAGCCCUCUGGCUUACCAUGAGAAGAUACAUUAUCAAGAUCAAGGCCAAAGUGAAGAGAGGCCUCAUCUGCAACCAACAGCUAGCCCCCCUCCUUUGAACCAUUCGCGUCCGUCAGAACAGCCGGUCGCUUCAGAAGAUAAUAGCAGCGCGGACGUCCUCGAGUUUAUGCCUCCGACGCAACCGCCAACCAAAAAUCCCUAUGCUCCUUCCGCAUAUUCCAAUGAAUUUGCCAAGCGCGCGGCUCUCAUAUCUACCGGCCCACCUAUCGCCGGAAUGACUGAAGUCCUGAAUCCUUCAUCCACUGCGGAAUCUCCGUUUGUCCCUCCUCGUCGAUCCCAGACACAGUCUCCCAGUCAAACCCUCAGUCCCAGAUUGUCCGUUCCAUCGCUCGACCCUUUCCAACGACCUGCUUCAGUGCAUGGUUCGACGUCUCCAACGCGGACGGUUAAUCCUUAUGCCCCAGCACCAGUUUCCACCCACAGUCGUGCACGUUCUCAAGUGCUUGAGUUUAUCCCUCCAACUGAUGGACAUCAACUUGACUCCCUGGAACGGUGGAAGGGUGCACCAAUUUUCAAGUUCGGGUUUGGUGGCGCUGUGAUAUCUUGCUUCCCUAAGUAUAUCCCGCGUUACUCGGCUGGCCAGGCCGCCCCGAUGAUCAAAUCUUGUCCUGGUGAGGUCCGAGUCAGCCAGCUGAAUGACUGGCUUCCCGCUGCUGAGAGUAUUGUGCAACAUCCGGGUCCUCUGAAGGGCAAGUCGAAGAAGAAAGACGUGGUUGCUUGGCUUUCUAGCAAAAUCGCAGCCUUCGAAAACGCCGAUAUCCCCGAUUUUGAUCGUCUUUCAGUCGAUGCUUCUAAACGCCGUGAGGAGAAGACCCUCUUAUGGAAGGUCAUCCGAGUCUUGAUCGAGAAUGAUGGUGUUCUGGAAGGCUCCGUUGAAGCCCAGAAGUCUUUGCGUAACCUACUGUUUCCCAAUUUGCAGGAUUCUGCGCUGAAUCAUCAAUCGCUUGGAGAUGGCAUUACACCAUCUGCAAGUUUCCAAUCCUUGAACGCGCCAUCUCAACCGGAUGCUGUCGAUCCUCGGUCGGUAGAUUCACUCCGCGACACUCUUGUACUCGGAGAAAGAGAGAAAGCAGUCUGGGCUGCAGUAGACAAACGUCUCUGGGGCCAUGCUAUGAUAAUAGCCUCGCCGAUGGAUAGAUCUGUCUGGCAACAGGUUGUCCAGGAGUUCGUGAGGCGAGAAGUGAGAUCGGCGACAAGCCGCACCGAGUCUCUAGCGGCGUUCUACGAGAUUCUUGCCGGAAAUAUCGAGGAAAGCAUUGAUGAGCUAGUUCCCCCUUCGGCCAGGGCCGGCUUGCAAAUGAUCAGCAAGGUUGACGGACAUGGCCCCGCCAAGAAUUCUCUUGAUGGCCUUGACAGCUGGCGGGAAACUUUGGGACUGGUACUGAGCAACCGCAGCCCUGACGAUCAACGAGCGCUGGUGGCUCUUGGUCGACUGCUUCUCUCUUAUAACCGCACGGAGGCCGCUCAUAUUUGUUUCAUUCUCUCUCGCGCCGCUGUGUUCGGCGGGGUCGAUGACCCACUAGCAAAUAUCGUGCUUCUCGGAGUAGACCAUCAACGCUUAGCUUCUUCCGCUGCUUUGUACGACGACGAUUCUAUCCUGCUCACCGAGGCGUAUGAAUUUGCGACAUCUGUGCUUGCGGGCUCGUCGGUGGCCACACUCCCGCAUCUGCUGGCGUUCAAGCUAAUUCACGCAUGGUCGCUUGCGGAUCGUGGUCGCAAGUCCGAAGCUCAACAGUACUGCGACGCCAUCGCAGCGGCUCUGAAGGCAACCACAAAGCCGUCCGGAUAUCAUAAUCAGCACCUGUUUUUUGGUGUGGAUGAACUAUCAGCGCGCCUCAGAGAAACGACCAGCGACGGCGCAUCAUCCUGGAUUUCGAGGCCCAGUAUGGAGAAGGUAUCGGGCUCGAUGUGGGCGAAGUUCAACAGCUUUAUUGCUGGGGAUGAUAGCGAUGCAGCUUCCACUGGCUCUGGGAAGGCCGAAGAGAUUGGACCGUUUGCCAGAGUCUCCGGAACUCCCACCAUUAGUCGCUCACCGUCAGUAUCCGACAUCUAUGGGUCCUAUCCUGUGGCAGCGGCUCAGCCGUUGCCCGGCGCUGGCCCCUCUCGCUACCAACCAGUGAGCCAUUACGCACCAAGCGCUUCACCCGAGCAACUUCGCGGUAGAUCAUCUAUGGACUCUCAGAGGUCUGCAUCAUUCGGGUACCCACUAGGACAGCGUCGAGGAUCUCAGGAGCCUUCAACACCUGACACGAACAUGUAUCACGGAAUGCCGAUUUAUGGCUCUCCACCGGUUGUUGGCUACCAGUCCACGCCUCCACAAUCAUCCUACAUGCCUUUGGCACCUGUUGCAGAGGAUUCGGCAUCUGGAGCUCAACAAGGGCCUUUAUCCGCACAGUCUCAGGUCUCCGACAGUGCUCCGUCCCACCGGCCUCCUAUGUAUGCACCGGAACCAUUUGGUCAACCUCUCGAUACUCAAGGUGCGUCUACGACGUCUCAACUGGACCAGGGCGGAUAUAUGCCUCCAGCCAGCACGGGGGCUUAUGAACCUCCGUAUGUAGAGUCGAAUACAGAGCCUGCAGCGGACGACGUUAAGGAUGAGUCUAUUGAAGAGGACAAGCCAAAGAAGAAAUCAUUCAUGGAUGAGGACGACGACGAGGAUCUUGCAGCGCGUGCAGCCGCAAUACAGAAAGCAGAGAGGGCACGCAGGGACCGCGAGGCUGAUGAGGCCUUCCGCAAAGCGGCCGAGGCAGAUGCCAAGAAACCCCCGCCCGCAACAGGGAAGAAGGGAUGGUUUACUGGAUGGUUUGGAGGCAAGAAAGACGACAAUAGCGGCGGUGGGCCAAUCCGUGCCAAACUUGGGGAGGAGAAUUCAUUCUACUAUGACACCGAACUGAAGAAGUGGGUUAACAAAAAGGAUCCCGGGAGUGCUGCUCCAACACGUGGGACGCCACCCCCACCGAAGGGUUCGGCGCCUCCCAGUAGAUCAAUGAGCGGCAGUGGUGGGCCACCACCUGCUAUGGCGACGCCUCCGCUGGCAGGGGGCUCGUCAAGCCGGCCGUCCUCUUCUGCAGGCGCACCUCCGUCCAUGUCUGCUAGCCCAGCACCCCCCUCGCUUGGAGCUCCACCGCCUGCUAUCCCACGAUCUGUGUCAACGGGCGCAGUCUUGCCGACUCCUCCAGGCAGUUCAGCCGGGGCCCCACCUAGGCCAGCGACGUCAUUGAGCAAUGCCAGCUCAAUAGACGACUUACUCGGAGCGCCGCAGGCGCGUAAAGGCCCUGCAGCCAGGGGGAAGAAGAAAGGUCGCUAUGUCGACGUUAUGGCGAAGUGA